AUGAAGGUUGAAGUUGAUUCAUUCUCAGGUUCUAAAAUCUACCCAGGUAGAGGUACUCUUUUCGUUAGAGGGGAUUCAAAAAUCUUUAGAUUCCAAAACUCAAAAUCUGCUUCUUUAUUCCAUCAAAGAAAAAAUCCAAGAAGAAUUUCAUGGACUGUUUUAUAUAGAAGACAACACAAAAAAGGUAUUACUGAAGAAGUUGCCAAAAAGAGAUCAAGAAAAUCUGUUAAAAAUCAAAGAGCUGUUGUCGGUGCUUCUUUAGAAUUAAUUAAAGAAAGACGUGGUCAAAAAGCUGAUUUCAGAAAAGCUCAAAGAGAAGCUGCUGUUAAAGCUGAUAAAGAAAAAAAGAAAGCUGCUAAAGCUUCCAGAAAAGCUGAAAAAGCUAAAUUAGCUGGUGCUCAAGGUCAAGCUGCUAAAAUUUCAAAACAACAAGCUAAAGGUGCUUUCCAAAAAGUUGCUGCUACUUCUCGUUAA